GAAGUGAGGUGACUGUAGGGGACAUUUGACAACUGUGCCACCAAAUUGCUUCUUCUUGGGUCUUCUUCACCCUUCCUUUUCACCUUCUUAGGGUUUGCUUCAGAUUCCCCCAAUUUUUGCUUGUGCAUGCGCUUUCACUAGAUUUUGUUCAACAUGACUCAAGAUCUCGAGAUGAAGGAUCGCUCAAUACCUUCCAACUCCGUUUCUUCACCUGCUCCGUCUACUCUGCAGCAUUUGAGGGAGAUAGCGUCGCUUAUCGAGACCGGUUCGUACUCGAAGGAAGUCCGUAGAAUUGCUCGUGCUGUUCGCCUUACAAUUGUGUUGAGGCGUAAAUUAACAUCGUCGAUUAUCUCGUCUUUUCUUGAUCAUGUGUUCACUCCUGGUUCUGAAGCUCAUGCCAAAUUGUCUGCGUAUCUUCCCAAGGAGGAUGAUCACGAGAUGGAAGUGGAUGCCGCAACUUCUGCAAUUCAAACUCCAGCUAAACACUUGUUGCCCGAGCUAGAAAUCUACUGUUACCUUCUUGUACUACUUUUUCUGAUUGAUAAAAAAAAAUACAAUGAGGUCAGCCCCCCUCUUUCAAUUUUGUAG